AUGGACAAUCUUCAGGGCCGACCAACUUCCGGUGGAUACUUAUAAAUACAAUCACUGUCGACUCAUACCUCGACUCAACUGGUCUCACAAUCAGUGAUGAAACCAGCUCUGUAGAAUUCUGUCAAUUCCUGCCUAUAUGCAAAAAGACAGUCACUUGUGCAAUCAUGGUUACGGCGUACGCAGGGAUCGCGAUCUUCGCUGACAUUUUUCUUUUUCUCGUCAAAGUGACGUACUUUAUCGUCGAGGGUACGUUCCGGAUAUUUUUUCCCGUCGAGGAGAAGAGCGUCGCCGGCGAAAUUGUUUUGAUUACCGGUGCGGGUCACGGGAUUGGCAGAGAGCUAGCCUUGCAGUACGCUUCCCUGGGAGCGAAGAUUGUUUGUUGGGAUUUGAACGAGAAGAGUAACAACGAAACUGCCGAGGAAAUUAAGAGAGCGAACGUUGCUUCGGCAGUGUAUACCUACAAAUGCGACGUAACGAACAGGGAGGAGGUGUUCCGGGUGUCAGAAAAUGUGCGAAAGGAAGUCGGUGACGUGACAAUUCUCGUAAACAAUGCCGGUAUCAUGCCUUGUCGUACACUCCUGGAUCAUACGCCCGAAGAGAUACGAAAGAUUUUUGACGUGAACGUGAUCGCCCAUUUCUGGACGCUCCAAGCCUUCUUGCCGAGCAUGAUUGAAAAAAAUCAUGGACAUGUCGUGGCCCUGUCGUCGAUGGCUGGAAUCUCGGGACUUCCGAACCUGGUGCCCUACUGCGGAUCCAAAUUUGCCGUCAGAGGAUUGAUGGAAGCCACGGCGUUGGAGCUGCGGGACUUGAUGGCAACGAAAGAAAUGAACAUUAAGUUCACGUGCGUUUUUCCAUACAUGGUUGACACUGGGCUGUGCAAAAAACCAAAAGUCAGGUUUCCAAGUAUAAUGUCACUACUUCCACCAAAGGUUGCCGCCACUGAAAUCGUUAGGGCACAACGGCGCAACAUUCCGGAAGCCUCGAUACCUGGCAUAUUUUUUCAUGUCAACAAUGUAGCGAGGAAUUUCCCUACCAAAGUUGGAUUGUUGCUGAGGGACUUCCUGGACAGCGGUGUUGAAGCAGACUGAUCUUAAAUGUCUCGUAUAAAGAUAUGAUUGUUAAUUUAUUUUUAAGGAAAAUAUUCGUGUACACGUAUCAAGAUUAUUAUUAAAUAAUAUUUUAUACGUC